GAAUACUGUUCAGUUAUGGAUUCUAUCGGAGACUUUCGAGACACAGAUUGUGAGACGCGCAGGAGCUUCAUAUGCUACCACUCAGACCUCUAUGGUCAGACAUACAGCAAAUACGUGUUGGUCAAUCUGCAGAAGUCCUGGAGAGAGGCUCAGAGUUACUGCAGAAAGUCUUACACAGAGUUGGUCAGCGUGAGGAACAAGGAGGAGAACUGUCAGAUCCAGAAGCUGAUUCCUGCAGGAGAUGUCUCAUACAUGGGGCUUUUCAAAGACGCUUUCGUCUGGUCCGAUAACAGCACGUCUUCUUUCAGGAACUGGCAUUCCAGUCAGCCGGAUGGAUCGGGAGACUGUGUGGUGCAUUUACGACAAAGCAGACUGUGGGAUGAUCUGGAUUGCAGUCAAACGAAUCCCUUCUUCUGCUACGACAGAACAGUGGUUAGACAGAUACUGAGAAUAAAGGUGGAAUCGGAUCAGAAUGUGAAUGAUCCAGAUAUAACGGCCACAAUCCUUCAGGAGAUUAAGCAGAAGCUGAUAUUUCAGGGUUUGUCAGCGCAUGCUUAUCUGCAGUGGAAGCAGCAAACAAAUGGAGACGUCUUCCAAAGAGAAGAGAAGACGAGAAAGACAUGAGAUCACAGAUCAUCUUCUUUUCACCCAUCAAUACAGGGCAAGAUUUUCUGAAAGAGACGAUAAUUGACUGAAUCAAUGUGGAAAAAACUAAAAAUGUCUCUUGACUUUUGCAAUCAGUUUUUGGAUCUUGAUCCACCAGAUGAGAAAAAAGCUGUUCUGUAGUUUCCUUAAAGCUAAAUUUAAUCACUAUAUUUAAAGUCCGCUUUAAACAAUGAUUGUAACUUUAAUGUUAAAACACUAUAAAAUGUCUUAAUGUCCAUCACUGAAC